UCUUUACCGAAACAACUGAACAAUUGAUCAGAUUGCUUUCCUUCACCCCUGCCGGAGAUGGCGGCCGAGGUCAGCGACCUCCCGGACGACAUCCUUGUCUCAAUCGUCUCGUUCCUCCCGAUCGGCCAGGCCGCGAGGUGCUCCGCCCUCGCCUCCCGCUGGCCCCGGAUUUUUCCGCGGACCCUCAUCAAAUUCGGAGCAUCCUUGUCGACCCACCGCCACGGCGCCAUCGACAUAGUCAACUCCAUCCUCGCCGCCCACCCCACCGCGGCCGUCCGCUACUUCUCCAUCGCCUCCAUCUGUUUCCGCGGCGACGAGGACCCCAACGCCGGCGGCUGGCUUCAGGAACUCGCGCUCCGCGGCGUCCAGGAGAUCAACCUCUCCUUCCGCGAGAUCCGGCGUAUGAUACCUGCCUCCCUCUUCGCAAUUCGCAUGCACCUCCCUGACGCGCCUCAAGGCCAGUAACUGCACCUUUCCGGACGCCCGAGCGGCCGCCGCAGCCGCCGGCGGCGUCCCGCUCUUGCCGCAUCUGGCUCAGAUUGACCUGUACGACGUCGUGCUCCCCUCGGACUCGCUCCACGCCCUGCUCUCGCACUGCACGGCGCUGGAGCACCUGAAGAUGUGCAAAAUGCACGAGUGCGGCCGCGUCCAUGUCCGGUCACCGAGCCUCAGAUUCCUUUGCAGCGACGGCUUCUUUGACGAGCUCUUCAUCGACGACGCUCCAAAGCUCGAGUGGGUGCUCGGUUACGACAUGUACUUCUAUUCCUUUAGAACAGCGCGCCUCACGAUUGUCCACGCGCCUAAGCUGGGGUUCCUAGGCUACCUCGGCGUGGGCUCUCCCGCGAUUCAGAUUGGAGCAACUAUUUUCACGGAAGAUCAAAUUAUUGUGAAGACCUUGAUGCCAAACCUGAAGACGCUUGCCGUAAAACUAAAGAACAUGAGCCGCGCGGGAGAAGUCAAACGUUUCAUGCAGCUGCUCGAGCUUUUCCCUAACCUAGAGACCCUCUACAUCCAGGGAUACCGUUGUUUAGUACAGCCCGAAGAUUGGUCCGUGAACCAAGACGCCGCAGCGUCAUGGGACGACCUGAGGCUCGCACCUUGCGUCCACAACCACCUCGAGAGAGUGGUGUUCCAGGAUUACUCGGGGCACGGGUGGCAGCGGCAGAUGGCCAAGUUCCUUCACGGGAACAGCAGGUUCCUCAAGACGCUGGAAUUCCACUGCAUGGAUCAUGUCGAGACGCGCCCAUUUGGCAUUAGACCUCCCAGCCCAGAUUUGGUGAGGAAGCAACGGGAGGUCCUCUGCCUCGACAGCCGCGCAUCAAGGGAUGCUUGUUUCCUCUUCUUCAAGCACAUGCUGGCGACUCACCAUCACGUUUCUUGCCACCAAGAGUCCUACAAGAGAAAGUACUAUGAUAACCUGUACGAAAUUUGAGCUUAUUAACGAAUCAGGGGAGAGUUAACACAUGACAUUGCAUAUUUUUGUGUUCCCCUAUAGUUA